UAUAAAAAUCCAAAAAAAAAAAAAAAAUUAAGAAGCUUCAACAAAUAUAUAUUUAUACAGACAGCGCAAAAUUGAUAAAGUUAUACAACAAUGAGCAGUCAGGGACACCACAAGAUGCAGGGCGGACGUGGCGGCGGUCUGGCAACGCUGGCCAACGGCAAAAAUCACACAGAUGCCACGGAUGAGAUUGAUCUGGGCGAUCGCUUCUCCGCGGACAUUGCGCGUCUCUGCAUGAACGAACGCUAUGCAGAUGUUGAAUUUAUUGUCGAGGAGCAACGAUUGCCGGCACAUCGCGCCAUUUUGGCGGCACGCAGCGAAUACUUUCGCGCCCUGCUCUAUGGCGGCAUGUCGGAGGCAACACAACGUGAAAUCUCACUGGAGGUGCCGCUAGAUCCGUUCAAGGUGCUGCUACGCUACAUAUACUCGGGCACCCUAUCGCUGGCCACACUGGACGAGGACGCUGUCAUCGGUGUGCUGGGCAUGGCCAAUCAGUAUGGCUUCGGGGAUCUGGAAAUGGCCAUAUCGAAAUACUUGCGUCAAUAUCUGGCAUUGAACAAUGUCUGCAUGAUACUGGAUGCGGCACGCCUCUACAAUCUCGAGGAGCUGACCCAGGUCUGUCACAUGUUUAUGGAUCGCAAUGCCGCCGAUUUGCUGCAGCAUGAUUCCUUCAAAAUGCUUUCAAAGGAAUCGCUGGAGGAGGUGCUGCGCCGCGACUGCUUCUUUGCGCCGGAGGUGCAAAUCUUUCUGGCCGUCUGGAAAUGGAGCCGUUAUAAUCCCGAUAUUGAUAUCAAAACCGUUGUCUCCUUUGUGCGUCUGCCGCUCAUGAAUCUCGAGCAUUUGCUGCAAGUGGUGCGCCCGUCCGGCAUAUUGGAGCCGGAUAAAAUACUGGACGCCAUCGAUGAGCGUAGCACAUCGAAGACUCUGCCGUAUCGUGCCGCACUCUGGCCGGAGGAGAAUGUGGCCACAGCCAAAUAUCUAUCGCGUUGCAUUCAGGGUGAAUGUCGUUCGGCCUUGCUGGACGGCGAUGUCACCUCGUACGAUAUGGAGCAUGGCUAUACGCGUCACUGCAUCACGGACAGCAAUGAUGCCGGCAUUGUUGUUGAAUUGGGCACCAUGUGCAUGGUCAAUCAUAUACGGAUGCUGCUCUGGGAUCGCGACAGUCGAGCCUACUCGUAUUUCGUUGAGGUCUCCGGCAAUCAGCAGCAAUGGGAGCGUGUAAUUGAUUACAGUGAAUACCAUUGCCGUUCCUGGCAGUUUUUGUACUUUGAGGCGCGUCCCGUGCGCUAUAUACGCCUUGUGGGCACACAGAAUACGGUCAAUCGGGUUUUCCAUGUGGUUGGCCUGGAGGCCAUGCACACAUCGAAUUCACCCAAAAUCAUAGACGGAUUUGUUGCGCCCGUUGCGAAUGUGGCCACCAUUGAGAUGAGCGCCAUUGUCACCGACGGCGUCAGUCGGACACGUAAUGCGCUCAUCAAUGGCGAUUUUUCGCGCUACGAUUGGGAUUCGGGCUAUACGUGCCAUCAGCUGGGCAGCGGCGAGAUUGUUGUGCGUCUGGGUCAGCCCUAUUAUGUGGGCUCAAUGCGUCUGCUUCUGUGGGACUGCGAUGAUCGCACUUAUAGCUUCUAUAUCGAGACCUCGACAAAUCGCAAGAAUUGGCAAAUCGUUGUCGAUAAGCGCAAUGAAAAUGCGCGCUCCUGGCAGAAUUUCCAUUUUACACCGCGUCCCAUUGUCUUUAUACGCAUUGUGGGCACACGCAAUACGGCAAAUGAGAUAUUCCACUGCGUUCAUCUGGAGUGCCCCACACAGGACGAGAGCUAUCUCAAGAAGAUAGCCGAGCAGAAAAAGGAGCGCCAGCUUGAACAAUCGCUGGAGCUGGAGGAUGAGAUUGCGACGACAUCGCGCGCCGCUGCUGCACUUUCCUUGUCGCAGGUCGUAUACCCAGCCGCCGCCGGCUUGCGCUGGUCACGCAACUCCACAGUAGCCGCAGCGAAUGUCACCAAUGAUGCGGACUUGCCGCGUGAACCGCACGAAAAUCCGUCAGCAUCGCCAGCCGGCUCAGCCUCGUCAACAGCAUCAUCGACGCCGCCAACGCCCAAGCGUUCACCGGUGCCAUUGGCAGAGCAGCAGCCGCAGCCGCAGCAGCAGCAACAGUGCCCAAGGCCGCAGUCUCCGCCGGAGGAGCUGCAACAUGAACGCGAGGCUGAUAGGCCGCUCGUAGAGCUGGCCAUUGAGGCGGAGCAGCCGCCGCCGCUUGAAGGCUGAAUGUGUGUGUGUGUGCGUGAGAGAUUCUCACCCCUGCCCCGCCCCCUAUGCAAUUUAGACAUUUUGAUUUGUUUAUUAUAUAUAUGUCGCAACUCGAAAUACUCCUGUGGUCAAAUGCGCUGUUAUUUACUUAAAUUUGUACAAGCGAACACUGUACAAUUGUUUUACACAAACAUAUGCCCAGCAGCGAUACAAUUUAUUAUUCUAAGCACUAACUUUAAUUACACUAAAUUAUACUACAAGUAUGUACAAACACACACACACAUAUAUAUAUAUAUAUGUACACACAUACACAUACACAUGCCCAGCCAAUGCGUCUCAACAAAUGGCAUCAUCUGAACCCAAUGACACUUAACAAUUGCUUGUACAAAUGCUUAUAUAUAUAUUAUACUAAACUCUUUCGUUGAUGCUAUUGUGUUGACGCGCCUGAGCCGUUGCGCUUAAUCCAAAAUGGUUGAAAAUUGUUUAUUCUGUAUAAGCUUUAAUUGUUUAUUGCAAAACAUUUUGUUACGUACG